AUGUUUUUUGUGCAGCGAGUUUCUAGCCGGACUCAUAUCUUCAACGCACAGCCUUUAUUCGCUGUUGUCUAAUGGAAGUUUGCUUGGUCGACUGAAAUCACCUUUAACUGUCUGCUGUCCAGCAACUCGCGGCAUGUCCCAGGACAGCCAACACGGCAAGUGGAGUGUCUCCAGCAGCGAGGACGACGAUGACGAGCUUCCCCCGUCGGGGACGACAUCCAAACCCCCUCAGGCAACCCACUCCAAAAACACCUCUUCCUCCGCCUCCAACACCGAGUCCAUCGCGGCGUCCGCGGGGGUGAAACCAGAACCGGAACCUUCCCUCGCCGUUGGCUCUGAGGCCAGACGGCAGGCAGCGAGGAACCAAUCCAACCCGGUCAAGUUCGAGUCGCCUGCGGCCGGAAAGAGGAAGGUGGAGGCGUCGGACGGCGCGGGCUGGGCGCUGUCCGACAGCGAUGAUGAAGAUGAUGAUGCAGAGAAGAAGAAGAUGAGUAACGCGCCGGUGAGGAAGCCUGCCAGUCCCAAACGGAAGAAAGCCAAUGUGGAGAAGGAACGCCCGCCCAGCCCCCACGGCCGCCUCUAUUACAUUGACGAGCCCGACGACUUCUUUGAAUCUGGCGUUCCUCGUCUGGACGACACCUUCAGGUUCUACCUGAACAAGGUGACGGGCCUGGACAGGAAGUACAACAGUGGAGCGCUGCACAUCAGAGACAUCCUCUCGCCGUUGUUUGGCACCUUGAAGGGAUCGGUUCAGUUUAAUUACUGCUUCGAUAUCGCCUGGAUGGUUGAGCAGUAUCCUGCAGACUUCAGGGAUCGUCCCGUCCUCAUCGUCCACGGGGACAAGCGGGAGGCCAAGGCUCGGCUGGUGCAGCAGGCUCAGCCCUUCCCUCACGUUCGCUUCUGCCAGGCCAAGCUGGACAUCGCUUUUGGAACCCACCACACGAAGAUGAUGCUGCUGUGGUACGAAGAAGGCUUCAGAGUCGUCAUCCUGACCUCCAACCUCAUCCGAGCAGACUGGUACCAGAAAACACAAGGGAUGUGGAUGAGUCCUCUGUUUCCACGGUUACCACAAGGCAGCAGUGACACCUCCGGCGAGUCGCCCACCUUCUUCAAGAGAGACCUCCUGGAAUACCUGGCGUCCUAUCGGGCCCCGGAGCUGGAAGAGUGGAUACAGCGAAUAAGAGAGCACGACCUGUCCCACACAAGGGUGUACUUGGUGGGCUCCAUCCCUGGCAGGUACGUUGGACCCGACAUGGAGCGCUGGGGCCACCUGAGGCUGAGGAAGCUGCUGUACGAGCACGCCCGCCCCGUCCCCGGCGAGGACCGGUGGGCCGUGGUGGGCCAGUUCUCCAGCAUCGGCUCCAUGGGGGCCGACAAGAGCAAGUGGCUGGCGGGGGAGUUCCAGCGCACCCUCACCACUCUGGGGAAGUCGUCGCUGCGGCCCGACCCGCCCGUCCACUUGUUGUAUCCGUCAGUGGAAGACGUGAGGACCAGUUUAGAAGGCUAUCCUGCGGGGGGGUCUCUACCCUACAGCAUCCAGACGGCUCAGAAGCAACUUUGGCUGCACUCUUACUUCCACCGGUGGCAAGCGGAUGCAACCGGGAGGACUCAUGCCAUGCCCCACAUCAAGACGUACAUGAGGGUGUCACCAGACUUCACUGAGCUGGCCUGGUUCCUGAUCACCAGUGCCAACCUGUCCAAAGCGGCGUGGGGCGCUCUGGAGAAGAACAACACUCAGGUGAUGGUUCGAUCCUACGAGCUGGGCGUCCUCUACGUGCCCUCGGCCUUUGACAUGAAGAUGUUCACGGUACAAAAAAACCCAUUUCCUUUCUCGUCAUCGUCCUCUGGUUUCCCUGUGCCCUUUGACCUGCCACCGACAUGCUACUCGCCUAAAGAUCAGCCGUGGAUCUGGAACAUUCCGUACAGUCAGGCUCCUGACACUCAUGGAAACGUUUGGGUUCCCUCCUAAUAUCUACUACAUUAAUAUUAGUAGCUAACAGUACAAAUGCUUUGUUUUUUUUACUGUAAACAGUCCUUUUAUAUUAUAUUUUUGUAUGCAUUUGACUGUACUGUCUGUACGCAAUAAAAUGUAGCCGCUC